AUGUCUGAAAGCCUGGAUACUGAAGAAAAACCUCCUGCACCUCCUUUGAGAAUGAACAGUAACAAUCGCGAUUCUUCGGCCCUGAAUCACAGCUCCAAACCGCUCCCCAUGGCGCCCGAAGAGAAGAACCGGAAAGCUCGCCUGCGCUCCAUCUUCCCGGGAGGAGAUAAAACCAAUAAGAAGAAAGAGAAAGAACGUCCUGAAAUUUCUCUCCCUUCAGACUUCGAGCACACAAUCCAUGUUGGCUUUGAUGCCGUCACUGGGGAAUUCACAGGCAUUCCUGAGCAGUGGGCCAGGCUGUUACAGACUUCCAACAUUACCAAACUGGAACAGAAGAAAAACCCACAAGCUGUUCUGGACGUUCUCAAAUUCUACGAUUCCAAAGAGACGGUCAACAACCAGAAAUAUAUGAGUUUUACAUCAGGAGAUAAAAGUGCCCAUGGCUAUAUUGCAGCCCAUCCCUCGGGCACGAAAACAGCUUCGGAGCCACCAUUGGCUCCCCCAGUUUCUGAAGAAGAGGAUGAAGAAGAUGAAGAGGAGGAGGAUGACAAUGAACCACCCCCUGUGAUCGCCCCACGCCCAGAACAUACUAAAUCAAUUUACACUCGUUCAGUGAUAGAGCCUGUGGCUUCACCAGCCUCAGUGAAAGAGUCCACCAUCCCCCAGCCUGAAAAUUCAAACACGAGCACUUUGUACAGAAACACAGAUCGGCAACGGAAGAAAUCCAAGAUGACUGAUGAAGAGAUUCUAGAGAAAUUAAGAAGUAUUGUGAGUGUUGGAGACCCGAAGAAGAAAUACACACGGUUUGAAAAAAUUGGCCAAGGGGCUUCGGGUACUGUUUAUACAGCAAUAGACAUUGCUACAGGGCAGGAGGUGGCCAUAAAGCAGAUGAAUCUCCAGCAACAACCCAAAAAGGAAUUAAUAAUCAAUGAAAUUCUGGUCAUGAGGGAAAAUAAGAAUUCCAACAUCGUGAACUAUUUAGAUAGUUACCUUGUUGGAGAUGAACUCUGGGUCGUAAUGGAGUACUUGGCUGGGGGUUCCUUGACGGAUGUGGUUACAGAAACGUGCAUGGAUGAAGGACAAAUUGCAGCUGUCUGCAGGGAGUGCCUGCAAGCAUUGGAUUUCUUGCAUUCAAACCAAGUGAUCCAUAGAGACAUCAAGAGUGACAACAUACUUCUUGGGAUGGACGGAUCUGUGAAACUCACUGAUUUUGGCUUCUGUGCUCAGAUAACUCCUGAACAGAGUAAGCGGAGUACAAUGGUGGGGACGCCUUACUGGAUGGCUCCUGAAGUGGUCACAAGGAAAGCAUAUGGCCCCAAAGUGGACAUUUGGUCUUUAGGAAUCAUGGCAAUAGAAAUGGUAGAAGGAGAACCUCCAUAUCUCAAUGAAAAUCCUCUCAGGGCCUUGUAUUUGAUAGCUACCAACGGGACACCAGAACUCCAGAAUCCCGAAAGACUUUCUGUUGUUUUCCGGGAUUUUUUGAACCGCUGCCUUGAGAUGGAUGUUGACAGGCGAGGGUCUGCGAAGGAACUCUUACAGCACCCGUUUUUAAAACUGGCCAAGCCACUGUCCAGCCUGACCCCCCUGAUUAUUGCCGCAAAGGAGGCUAUAAAGAACAGUAGCCGCUAGUCUCUCGAAUAGCACAGGCCCGUUCUUGUUUUGGCAGGACUGAACAUCAGACCAACAAACGCUGUCACACUUUGGACUCUCCUGCGGCCCCGACGGGCAGGCGAUGAGCGACAUUGUCACUGUCAAUGGGGGAAGGGAAGCGGGGAGUGACCUGUCCCGCUGCCCUAGAGGAGACACCACCCAUCACAUCUCUUCUUUCCACUCUUGAGAAUCCCUUAACUUAUUUCUAAGGUGAACGGAAGCCUUUGGAGAAGAAGCUAGAUGGGAAGUUUCUUUUGCUACCUGGGGUGUUUCCAGGGGACCACGGCACUGCAUGACUCAACUCAGCUGGGACAGUAGUGGUG